UAGCGAGUCAAAAUUAUACUAAGGCAUUCAAUCAGUGUUGUCAACACUCGCUCCCAGGUAUUCGGAGGAUACGCACGGGAUGGACUGCAAGAAGACUGUGUUUGUGACCGGAGGUGCAGGUUUUAUUGGAAGUCACACUGUCACAGAACUUUUGCAGGCCAAUUAUCAUGUUGUGGUCGUCGAUAAUUUUGUUAAUGCGGUUUCUGGUAAAAGUGGGGAAGCACCAAGUCUGAAGAGGGCAGAAGAGAUAACUGGCAAGAAAGUAACGUUUUAUCACUGUGAUCUCUUGGAUAAAGAUGCACUCGGGAGGAUAUUUCGCAAGCACAAGGUUGAUUAUGUUGUCCAUUUUGCUGCAAUGAAAGCUGUAGGAGAAUCGAUGGCGAAACCACUCUUUUAUUAUAAAAAUAAUGUCGUCAGCACUAUUAACCUGUUAGAAGUCAUGUGCGAAAAUGGCGUUUACAAUAUGGUUUUUAGUAGUUCUUGCGUAGUUUAUGGUAAACCUCAAUAUCUUCCGAUCGACGAAGCUCAUCCCACGGGAAAUGUUAUUAAUGUCUACGGAAGAACAAAAUAUACUAUCGAACAAAUAUUAGAAGACAUGUGCAAGGCAGAAAAGAAAUGGAAUAUCAUUUCUUUAAGAUAUUUCAAUCCAGUUGGUGCUCAUUCCUCAGGAUUAAUUGGAGAAGAUCCUACAAGAGCCUUUACUAAUCUCAUGCCAUAUAUUGGGGAAGUAGCAGCUGGUAAACAGAAUGAAUUGGUUAUUUUUGGUGGUGAUUAUGACACACCAGAUGGAACAGGUGUAAGAGAUUACAUUCAUGUAAUGGAUUUAGCAUCAGGGCAUGUUGCAGCAAUAAAGAAACUAACAGAAAAUCCAAGAUAUAAAGUAUAUAAUUUAGGAACAGGUAGAGGAUUUACUGUACUUCAGUUAGUGAAAGCUUUUGAGAAAGCCUGUGGUAAAAAGAUACCCUAUAAGAUCAAUGACAGGAGAUUGGGUGAUGUUUCAGAAAUUUGGGGAGAUUGUACUCUAGCUGAAAAAGAACUUGAAUGGAAAGCCAAAUAUGGACUGGAUAAGAUGUGUGAAGAUUUCUGGAGAUGGCAAAAGAUGAAUCCAAAUGGAUAUAGAACAAUUGAUGAUGAUAAUAUACAAAAAUAGCUAAAGAUCAAUUGUAAAAUCACUACAGUUAACAUUUUAAAAUAAUUUUAAAU